UAUCUAGAAAGUUCUUGCGUGCCCUUGUUAGGGUUUUGUGGGGGAGCGACUAGGGUAUUGCGAUUUGCUUGCUGCCGCGGCCAUGGCGUCCAAGAGAAUCCUCAAGGAAUUGAAGGACUUGCAGAAGGAUCCGCCCACGUCGUGCAGCGCAGGUCCCGUGGCGGAAGAUAUGUUUCAUUGGCAAGCGACGAUAAUGGGUCCGCCCGAUAGCCCCUACGCGGGCGGUGUGUUCCUGGUCACUAUUCAUUUCCCCCCCGAUUAUCCGUUCAAGCCGCCCAAGGUGGCAUUCAGAACAAAGGUGUUUCAUCCCAACAUCAAUAGCAAUGGUAGCAUCUGUCUCGACAUUCUCAAGGAGCAGUGGAGCCCCGCCUUGACAAUCUCCAAGGUGCUGCUAUCAAUCUGCUCGUUGCUAACCGACCCAAACCCCGACGAUCCCCUCGUCCCCGAGAUCGCCCACAUGUACAAGACCGACAGGCCCAAGUAUGAAUCCACCGCCAGGAACUGGACGCAGAAGUAUGCCAUGGGAUGAGCUCGGGAGGAGCGGCGAUUUGUGGACGCAUUGGCUCGCUAUGAUGUUUGUGAUACCUUUUGGUUGCUUAUAUAAGUUGAAGUAUUUGUUUUAUGCUUUGCAAUUC